AUGAGGAAGGCAAAGGGUAAGCAGUCCCACGUGGUAUCUGUAUCAGACGAUAAUGCGGCCAUUACAUGGCUAAUAGAGUUUCUUGGUGUUAUUGUCUCCGUUGUCGUGGAAACGUUAUCUUUUCUAUUUGAAGCCCAACAUGAAGUGAAAGCGGAAGAAGUUAGAGAGAAAGAUUAA